AUGCCGUCCAAAAAAGUUCUUAUCGUCCUGAGCGAUGCAGACUCAUUUCCUCUGAAGAAGACGUCCGGGCCCGACGCCGGCCAAACGGUGGACCAGCCCUCGGGGUUCUUUCUUCAAGAACUAGCCAAGCCCCUCCAGAAACUUCUCGACAACGGCCAUGAGGUGACCUUUGCCUCCCCUAAAGGCAAAGAACCGACCCCAGAUCCGAAUAGUGUAAGCCUACUGGCAUACGCAGGAAACUUCUACGAACGACAGCGUGAGAAUGAUCUUAUGGAACGCAUGAAAGCCGAAAAUGGAUUCACCCGUCCACGAACGUUCAGCUCCAUCAGCGAUGAGGAAUUAUCAACCUUCGCUGGAGUCUUCAUUCCAGGCGGACAUGCUCCUCUUGCCGAUCUCGGUGAUGACCCAGAGCUGGGCCGUAUUUUGCGGUACUUUAACAAGGAGAAUAAGCCCACUGCGGCGAUUUGUCAUGGUCCAUAUGCACUGCUGAGCACAAAGAAGGCCGGCGACGGGUCGUUUGUGUAUGAUGGGUACAAGAUUACCUCAUGGAGUGAUGCGGAGGAGAAGGCGGUAGAAACAUUGUUGGGUGGGGAAGUCGAGAAAGUCGAGUCGGCGUUGAAGAAUGCAGGCGCCGUGAUGGUUGAAGGAGUACCUGAGAAGUUUGGCGGAACCACACUACAUCGAGAGUUGGUUACUGGUGGAAAUCCCUUAGCAGCGAAUGCUCUUGGUGAUCGAUUUGUGAGGAUGAUUAGUGUAUGA